UUUGGUGUUUUGGUGGAAAAACUUUCUCAGUCAAUUCAGGUUUUCUAAAGUUUGUCUUUUCAAUGUUUUUUUGAGAAAAUUAGAAAAUAACUUGGUUAAUUUCAUUUUCCAUUGAUAAAUACAAACCAAAACUAAGAAAGGACGAUGGCGGACCAAAGUAAAGGUCGUGGACGGGGCUUGGCCUUAUUGAAGGACCUAAAGAAGUCUCUAGCGGAUGCACAGUCAUCUUCAGGCGAACCCUCUGCAAAGGAGUUCCCUGGUCCAAGUAUACCUCCAAGUGUGCCCCCAAAUUGGCCUCAAAGUGUUGUAAGUGGUGCUGCAAGUAUGCCUGCCACAAUCAUCGGUGGCAGAGGAAGGGCUGCAGCUAUGAUGCUGUCCAAAAUGCAUCAGCAAACUAAAGAUGUGCAGUUCUCUCCGGCAUCAGAUGUCAGCCCUUCAGUACCAACAGUUGGAGCAGGCAGAGGCAUCAAGUUAUUGCAGAAUUUGAAAGCUCAAAUGGCGCAAAGUCAGCCACACGUGGGUGGUGCAGAAGUUAAACAAAUAACAGAGAAGAUGGCGGAGAGUACAAUAUCAUCAGUUCAAUCAUCAACCAUACCCAAGAAUAAAUAUUUUAGAGAGAUUAAAGAAACACCCCCUGUUGUAAGAAAAGGUGAAUCAGGAACACCAUGUGAAGUGACAGCGAACUUUAUCCGUCUUAAUUUUGAAGAGGAUCAUGUAUUUGAGUAUGAAGUGAGAUACAAUCCCGAGCAAGAUUAUAAAAAUCUAUGUUUCAAACUUCUGAAUGAACACAGUCAAUAUUUCAAAACUAAAACAUUUGAUGGCACCACAUUAUAUGUGCCUCAUAUGCUACCAGAAGAAGCCAUGAAUUUAGUGUCAACAAACCCUUAUGAUAACACCAAAGUUCAAGUUAUAAUAAGUUUUCGUCGAACUCGUCGUCUGAGUGAAAUGAUACAUAUAUACAAUGUAUUGUUCAAACAAAUAAUGAAGGAUUUGCAACUGGUGCGCUUCGGACGACAGUAUUUCAAUGAGCAUAGUGCUAUACAAAUACCACAACAUAAACUUGAAGUAUGGCCCGGAUAUGUAACAGCGGUGGAUGAAUACGAAGGAGGUCUUAUGUUGACACUGGACUCUACACAUAGAGUACUACGGACACAAUCAGUACUGUCACUUAUAAAAGAGACAGUCCAGUGCGAAGGUGCUAACUGGAAGCGAGCAAUGACAGAUAAACUCAUCGGCAGCUCUGUUAUGACUACAUAUAAUAAAAAAUUGUUUCGAAUUGAUAGUAUAGAUGAUUCAAUGACACCACGAUCGACAUUCGAAAAGUUAGAAAAUGGACAACCGGUGCAAAUCUCAUUUAUUGAUUAUUAUAAGAAAAAUUAUGGAAUCGAUAUCAUGGAUUGGGAACAACCACUUCUUAUAUCAAGAGACACAAAGCGGUUGCCCGGGUCAGAGAAAGCGACAGACUUCAUGAUCUGUCUGGUGCCGGAGCUGUGCCAGCUGACAGGACUGACGGAUGACCAGCGCAGCAACUUCCGCCUCAUGAAGGAUGUCGCCACUUACACACGGAUCACUCCCAACCAACGACAUGCUGCAUUUAAAAAGUACAUACAAAACGUGAUGUCAAAUGAGACUGCAAAGAGCCGAUUAACCAGUUGGGGGCUGAGUAUAGCACCGGAGACUGUAGACAUCACAGCCAGGACUUUGCCUCCGGAGCCGCUUUACUUCGGCAACAAUGUCAAAGUCCCCGGCAAGGAUAAUGCUGAUUGGAACGGAGAUGUUUCUAGAAAUGCAGUGAUGCAAGCUGUUGAUAUACUACGAUGGGUUGUGCUAUUUACUGACAGAGAUAAAAAUGUUACUAAUGAUUUCAUAGACACAUUGAAGCGUUGUUGUCGUCCUAUGGGUAUCAACGUAUCCGCGCCCGAAAUGAUACGUCUACCCAAUGAUCGCACGGAUUCCUACAUAGCGGCUCUCAGGAAGUUCUCCAUAGCCAAUCUGCAGCUGGUCGUAGCUAUCUGUCCCACCAUACGAGACGACAGAUACUCCGCUAUCAAGAAAAUAUGCUGUGUUGAUAAUCCUGUUCCUUCACAAGUGAUCAACGCUCGUACAAUAAUGAACAGUCAAAAGAUCCGUUCUAUAACUCAGAAGAUUUUGCUUCAAAUGAACUGCAAACUGGGAGGUACAUUGUGGAACAUCAGCAUACCCUUGAAGUCGGCCAUGAUCAUAGGCAUCGACUCUUACCAUGAUGCCAGUAGGAAAAAGAAAAGCGUUUGCGCAUUCAUAGCAUCUUAUAAUCAAACGAUGACACACUGGUACUCCAAAGUGGUGUUACAAGAGAGAGGGCAGGAGAUUGUCGACAGUCUCAAAUCCUGCUUUGUUGAUGCAUUGAAACAUUAUCUACGAGUCAAUGGCAGAUUACCUGACAGAAUUAUUAUUUACAGAGAUGGCGUUGGCGAUGGCCAGCUAAAACUCCUCCAAGAUUACGAGAUUCCUCAGAUGCAGAUCUGCUUCUCAAUCCUGGGCACUGCGUACAAACCUUCGCUCACAUACGUCGUGGUACAGAAACGUAUCAACACGAGAAUAUUCAUGAAGACACGCAAUGGCUUCGAAAAUCCAUUCCCCGGGACUGUUCUUGAUCAUUGUGUCACGCGACGAGACUGGUACGAUUUCCUGAUCGCAUCGCAGAAAGUGAACCAAGGUACAGUGACGCCGACACACUACGUGGUGAUCCAUGACGACAGCGGCAUGACAGCGGACCAGUGCCAGCGGCUGACCUACAAAAUGUGCCACCUGUACUACAACUGGCCCGGCACAGUGCGCGUGCCAGCGCCCUGCCAGUACGCGCACAAGCUCGCGUACCUUGUCGGGCAGAAUAUAAACCAGCUGCCGUCCGACGCUCUCACCGAUAAGUUGUUCUUCUUGUAGAUUGUAGAUUGCACUUUUGUUACUGACUGUCCACAUUGCUUCUACGUACAACUACGUACACAAGUACAGUUAGUAAGAAUAUAACUUUGAACUUAUACCAGCAAACGUUAACGCUCAUCGAUAGGUUUUUCUUAUUGUAGAUUUCACUUUUGUAUCUGAUUGUCCACAAUGUCCUCGAAGGCCAAGUACAGUUAGGGAGAAUAUGGCUUUGAACAUAAAUCAGAUGAUUUGACUUAAUGUAAAUUGCAUUAAUGUCUUUGACUGUCCGCUAUGUAUCUACCUCGAAGUCACAAGUACAUACGUUGGAUAAGUUGUUUUCAUAUACUAGUUUUUUCCCGUGAAUUAGUCUGCGCGGAUUUAAAAAUAACUUAAUUAGUAGCCUAUGUGU